CCCUUCGGUUCUAGACUCCUCCGUCCCAAUUAAUCUGCCGGCCCCACCGCCGCGACCGCCCUCCAAAGAUUUUCUUUUCCGCAGCCCGGAAAGCCCACCUGCAUGAAGAUUGAAACCUCAACCACCACCUUUUCCUCCUUCACCUUCUCUCCAGCAUCUCGACCUGCACCGCGGCAGUGAUCCUUUGCGUGAGCCUGCUUCUUUGAAAUCUCUCACGACAUCUUCCGUCAUUUUUUUUUUGAUCUUCCCCAUCUAUCACCAUGGCUGAUACCUCUGCUGCCUGGCCCUUGGCCGACGAGAGCCUGACUCAGAGCCUUCUGGACCUUGUCCAGCAGGCCUCCCACUACCGCCAGCUCAAGAAGGGAGCCAACGAGGCCACCAAGACCCUCAACCGCGGUACCGCCGAACUGGUCAUCCUCGCCGCCGAUACCUCCCCGCUCGCCAUCGUCAUGCACAUCCCCCUUCUGGCCGAGGACAAGAACUGCGUCUACGUCUUCGUUCCCAGCAAGCUCGCUCUCGGCCGUGCCUGCGGUGUCUCCCGCCCCGUCAUCGCCGCCAGCAUCACCACCAACGAGGCCAGUGACCUGAUGGGCCAGAUCCGCACCCUCAAGGACAAGGUCGAGAGACUCAUGCUGUAAACUAGCG